AUGGUGCGUGAAGAAGAAGUAGAAGAAGAAGAACAGCGCCCGCGGAAGACGUGUCUCCUGAUCGUCUCCGCCAAGGUCACGUUUCCAGAGACCCGUCCACCUGCUGCCUCCGUGAACGACGUCGCCGACACGGAGGUAGACGGGGAAACAAGUGGAGCUGGCAUUGUGAGGACAGCGAGACAGCCAGACCACGAACGGUUGCGGCGCGUCUUCGAACCCGGGCAUCGAUGCCGUCUUCAUUUGCCUCAGCAUCGCCUCACCCGACUCUCGGAGAACGACCUGGAGUCGGGGGGACCAAUGCGGCGAUACUUCUGCACCAUCGGUUUCAACGCCGCGGGGAACAAAAAGGAUCUGCGCAACGAGCCGCGCACGCUGCAGAACCGACGUGGCAGAAGCGCAAGAGGCAGGUGGACUAUGACCGGUUGCGGCCGACGCACCGAAGUCGUCGUCACCUGCUUCAACAUCGACUCCCCCGACUCCUACGAGAAGAAGCUGGUGUGGGAGAGGCCAUAA